AUGCCUCUCCUUGCCCUGCCAAAUGAGAUCCUGCUGGUCAUAGCAGAAGCGCUGGACUCCCAGAACAGCAUAAACGCAUUGGCAAGAGCAAAUCGCCGAUGCUGGAGUCUUUUGAACUCGUUUCUCUACGCAUACAAUGUCCAACACCAUAAUGGGGAUGCACUUCAUUGGGCGGCAAAACAUGGCCGGCUACAAACAGCUCGAGAAUCACUUCGGCAAGGCGCCCAUGUUGAAUCAAUAGAAUUUGAUCUUCGACCUUUGAGCCAAGCUGCUCGCUCAGGUCAUGCAGAUAUUGCUGCGCUUCUCGUGGCGCAUGGAGCUGAUGUCUACGCCAAGAAACACCGUUCUUCUGCCAAUGCCAUCACAAUAGCUGCCCACGGCAACAAAACAAGCGUGCUUCGUGUGCUGCUUGAUCAUGGUGUGGAUCCAAACUUCCAAUGCCCGAACGAAGAUAGACUAUUGCAUGUUACAGCCCAGAGGUCGACGCAAAGCCGACUGGCAAUGGCGAAGCUUCUGGUUGAGAAAGGUGCCGACCUGGAGACCCUUUCGCAUCUCUCCGAAACUGCUCUGCAAACAGCUUGCAAAGACGGCUCUUCAGAGGUAGUGCGUUAUCUCAUUGAAUCUGGAGCCGACCUUGAUAAACGGAGCCGUGAGGGAAGAACGUUACUACACCUAGCAGCUUAUAAAGGCAAUCCGGAGGCCAUCGGGCAAUUACUGGCAAAGGGCGUCGAUAUGGAAUCCAGAGAUAAUGAAGGACAUACACCAUUCCAUUUGGCAUGCUAUAACGGCCAACUCGAAGUGGCAAUGCUCUUGCUGGAUCAUGGUACGAAUAUAGAGGCAAAGUCUUACAAAAGACAUACACCACUGCUCAUGGCAGUACUUUGGGAAACCACCGUCUAUGUUGGGGUGGAUUCAAAGCCCAUUGGCAUAACUUCUUUCUUGCUGGAGCGAGGCGCGGACCCAAACGAGCCAAACGACUCGGGCAUCGCACCAUUGCAUAUUGCAGUGGCAAAGGGGGAUGCGCUGUGCAAGAUGUUGCUCCAGCACGGAGCCGACCCAGACUUCAGAACUGAGACUGGCUCUACGCCGCUACACAAAAUAGCAUCAGGCGGCUCUAUUGAGUCAGCGAGGCAUUUGCUGCAAAGAGGCGCCGAUGUGCAGCCAAAAGACGCGGACGGCAAUACACCACUCCAUUUGGCAGUGAGGAAGUAUGAUUCGGCGCUUGUGAGAUUACUUCUUGAGGCUGGUGCCGACCGACUUGUCAAAAAUAACCAGGGCCGGUUACCCAUACAUCUUGCAAAGGAGAACGCUGUGGGGACACCGCUCGCCAAGCGAUUCAGGACUGAGGAGGUUAUGGAUCUCUUGGAAGAUCUUCCCAAGGGGAGCAGAUGA